AUGGAAGCCCUAGAACCGAGCGAUGCCGUGAUGUUCCCAUUGACCGCGGGCCUCACGCUCGGUGGGUUGUAUCUGGUGAUCAACUACAUGGGAGCUGAACUAUUGAACAAGAUCCUGGGCUUCUAUUUCUCCCAGAUGGGCAUCUUAUUCGCUGUGGCCUUUUUGAAAGACAGCCUUACGGUUCUGAGAUCCUAUGUGUUCCCCAGAAAAUACCGUCAUGCUGGCAAACUCUGGAAGUCGAAGCAAGCAGACCAAGUUUUCACCUCGUCGGACCCAGGAGCCCAGAGUGUCCGUCACUCACCAUUCCCGGGGAUCUUUGGUUCCAUUCCGCUACCAAAACCCGUUCUCGCGGCCCUUUGGAAGUAUCGCGGCGUGGUUUACCAGCGAGCCAAACUCCGCAUCAACAUCCACCGCGUCCUCAAAGUUGAAACCCCUGUGGGUGUUCUCGACCUCAUCAGUGUCUUUAUCGCACUGCCAGUGAUUUACUACUUCACCUUCAUCAUGAAACCCUGGUGGUUGACGAACUUCCUGGGAUUCGGCUUCUGCUACGGCACCCUUCAAAUACUGUCGCCAUCUACCUUCGUGACCGGCUCGCUGCUCCUGUCCGCCUUAUUCUUCUACGACAUCUAUUUUGUUUUCUACACCCCGCUUAUGGUGACCGUCGCAAAGAAUCUAGACGUGCCCAUCAAGCUACUGUUCCCGCGUCCUCCAGACCCUAGCGCACCUGCAGACACGGUGUCUUUGGCCAUGCUGGGGCUGGGCGAUAUCAUCAUCCCGGGUAUCAUGGUGGGGCUGGCGCUCCGCUUCGACCUUUUCCUCUACUACAAGCGGAAAGGCGUCCAGAAAGCGCAGGCCGAGGGCAAGAGCCAGGAGCAGACCAAGCCUUUGUACCAGUCUGCCACCGGAGGUUGGGGCGAGCGUUUUUGGUCGGGGGUUGUCGCCCCAGCCAAGCCUGAGCUAGAGCCUCCCUAUCACGAUGCUCGAUCCUUCCCCAAGCCUUACUUUAAAGCUAGCAUUACUGGUUACAUUCUAGGCAUGCUUGCCACUCUCAUUGUGAUGCAAUGCUUCAACCACCCUCAGCCGGCCCUUCUGUACCUGGUUCCCGGCGUGCUGUUAUCUCUGUGGGGCACUGCCCUUGUCAGAGGCGAGCUUCGCGAGAUGUGGGAAUUCAGCGACGCGGACGAAGAAGAGGAUUCUGGAGAAGAGAAGAACGAAAAUCAGGAUGAAGCGACAAAGAACGGCGGACUCUUCGGUUUCCUCUUUGGACAGAAGAAGGCUACUGAGAAAAAGGAAGAACAGAAUGAGAAGACCUCUGAAGAAGAGAGCAAAAAGGAGGAAGACAAAGCUUCCGAGACCAAGAAUAGUGACCAAAACGAAGAUGAGAGCAAGCCGCUGGAUCUGUUUUCUGUGUCGGUAUACAUUCCCCGGAACAAGAAGUCGAAGGCCGAGGAGAACCCUCAGAAGGGUUCCAAGUCCAUGGAUGAUGAAGAAAACUGGUCCUUUGUUGGAAAGUCCGACAAGGGCGAUGAGCCUCCAGCAAAAAGACUUCGCCGGAGUCCUAGAACAACGGCUGCUACUACGAACUAA